AUGCAACACAUUCGUCUCGCUGUGGACCAUAGCAAGCUGGAUUCAAAGUUUGAUGGCUACAAAGUUUCAAUGGAUAACAUCCAUUUUGAGAGCAAACAAUUGCCGCAGAGAUCAUGCCUACGCUCACCAACGAACAUUAUGGUUUCUCUACAACAUAUGAAAGUCUUCUCGAACGAUAAUCAAUUGUUUUGCAACGUGGAAAAGUGUACGGAGUCGCAUGAAUACUUGUACCGUAUUCUAGACACUGGACACAUUCAGGAGUUGGCUUAUGAUAAGAGGAGCCGUCAAUGGAAGGAUAUGAUCAUUGGGAACAUCGAUAUCGGGACAGACUCCUCGCCAGCGUUCCCAACUGGCUUGAUUUUCACAGAUUUUGAAUUCUACGUGGCAUCCAAUGGAAUUUCAGAUAUUUCGGUUCAUCUUGGCACCGAAGUCAUGCUAAAGCGUACUUUUGAAGGCGCCAAGGGGAUUUGUUUGAUCGAGGCGAAAGUUAUUGAGAAUAAGCUGAAUAUUCUGGCAUACUCUGUGGAGAAUUCAGAGGAGAACGAUCGAAAAACAACAAAGACGCGGUCGAGAAUCUAUUGGAUUGUUGUCAAUUUGCUUGAUUUUGAUUGCACCAGCAAUCUCACUAUUGAAAAGGAAACACAGUUCAUUCAGAAUGGUCAUUUUGAGACUUGUACAUUCUCCAGCGAUGGAAAUUUGAUUUUCUUGGCCAGCGAGAAGCCACGUGUCGAUGGAGAGCAAGUGACUGUUCUCAAUCACACUUGGUCUCAAACUGGCGCCACAAUCGAAGUGAAAUUCACGUUGACCGGUGGCUCACUGUCUCAAGAAGACGUCGAUUUGAACGUCUCCAAAUCUAGUGUGAAGUUGGCGAUUCAAGAUGUCGUCGUGCUCAACGGAACACUGGGCGGAGAAAUCGACGAGAAUGAUGUGGAAAUUGCGAUGGGGCAAACCGAGAAAUCACUAACUCUGAAGCUGAAAUCGACGUCUGACAAGAAGUGGGAGAAGCUUAUUGGUUUGGAGACAUCUAGAAUGGAAAAGGUAGAAAACGAGGAAAUGGGAAAGAUGGGUGCAUCAGAGGAGCCAAUGGAGGAGUGUGAUGAGGCUGAUAAGGCGUUGCUAUUCUACUGGGUCAACAGACAGAGUGGAAAGACGAUUGCUCAGUGUGACGUCUCCGGCUCUCAAUCUCUAUUCGUCCGCCGCAAUCGUGAUCAGCCAGCGGACUUCUGUCUCCGUCACGAUGUUGAUGGCCUUCUCUGGUCGUUUGCUGGCCCCGCCCCUUGCCACGUGGCAACUCUUCAAGCAUUCGGAUACGUUCAGGCAUCGAAAACGACUCGGCUGUGGUCAGGAUGCUCGCCGAACAACACCAUGGCUUGCAUCAUUGAAGGCAACAACCGGGUGCUUUUGUACUCACAAAAAGUCGAAGUUUUUGGAAGUCUGAGCAAUCGCAAAACGUCGCAAACUGUAAACCACGUGGCAAAGCAGCAUCUGCUUCGUCUCGAGUGUCCGGAUCCGAUUCGUGGUGUCCAUAUGACCAACACACAUCUCUUCGUCGCCACCAAAGAGCACAUCCACGUGGCGGAGCUUCCUGUCUAA